CUCAAAAGUAUAAAUAUACAGUACCAAUUUAAGUAGUUCAGUCUACUUUUCAAAGUUAAUUGAUAUAAAUAAGAUUUUUCAAAAUGAGGAUAACUUUAUGCCUUGCUUUUUUGAUGUCAGCUGCCCUAGCAGCCAACAGUAAAAUAAAUCCUCUCUCAGAUGAGUUCAUCAAUCACAUCAACAGCCAACAAAAUGACUGGAAAGCCGGUAGAAAUUUCGAUAAAAACAUCCCCAUUAGCGAAAUUAAAAAACGUUUGGGUGGUCUUAAGUCCCUUUCAAAAUCAAAAUCCAAACCUACUGUCCACAGUGAAGACAUAGAAAUUCCUGAGUCGUUUGAUGCACGUACCCACUGGCCAGAAUGCUCAAAAGUUAUUAAUGAUAUUGUUGACCAAUCUAACUGUGGUUCCUGUUGGGCUGUAUCAGCCGCUUCCGUUAUGAGCGACAGACGAUGCAUUGCAUCCGGUGGUUCCCUACAAGUACCCGUUUCUGCUGAAGACGUGAUCUCCUGUUGUCACACUUGCAUCAUUUUUGAGAAUGGCUGCCAAGGAAGUUAUCCAGAACUAGCAUUUGACUACUGGUUUGAAAAAGGUGUAGUCACUGGAGGCCAAUACAACAGUUCAUUGGGUUGCAAACCUUAUGCGCUGCAACCCUGUGAUCGUCCCAGCGUAGUUGAUGGUAAAUACGUGCAGUGUUCAACUUUGCCAGAAGUUACCGAAAAAAAAUGUAUGAGAAGUUGUAGUACAAGUGGCUUGAAUUAUAAAUCCGAAUUAACCUAUGGUAAAUCUAAGAGAGAAAGGUUUGCAACAGUUGAGGAUGUACAGAGAGAAAUUUUACAAAAUGGACCGGUUGUGGCUUAUUUAACGGUGUUUGAAGACUUCUUGAGUUAUAAAAGCGGUGUCUAUUAUCACGUUGCUGGAAAAGAGGCAGGUGGUCAUGUAAUAAGAAUUAUUGGAUGGGGUACCGAAAACAACGUUGCAUAUUGGAUAGCUGCUAACUCUUGGAACGACGAAUGGGGCGAUGCUGGUCUUUUUAAGAUCAGAAGAGGUGUUAAUGAAUGUGCCAUUGAAGAAAAUAUAUAUGCAGCGCAACCUAAACUUUAAAUAAUUAUUAUAUUUCAAUAAAAUUGCAUUUAUUUCCUAA